AUGAAUUCUAAACUAUGUGAGAGCCUGGAUAUUGAGUUUCCGUUAUUCGCGUUCAGUCAUUGUCGCGAUGUGAUCGUCGAGGUGAGCAAAGCGGGAGGUUUUGGUGUUCUCGGCGCAGCCGGCCAUACUCCGGAAAGUCUGGAAAUCGAAAUGAACUGGAUCGAUGAACACAUCGACGGCAAGUCAUACGGCGUCGAUUUGAUUGUGCCAAACAGCAUCGAUUCCAAAGAAAGCAGCAACCUGUCUCCGGAAGAUAUCGAAGCAAGAAUACCGCCGGAGCAUAAAGCCUAUGUCGAAUCGAUACUGGCACAGGCUGGCAUCGAUACCCGGGAUCUCUGGCAGCGUCCCAAGGCGGGUUACGGCGACAAUAUGCGCGAAACGGGUGCGAACGCCAUUCUUGACGUUGCCUUCUCCCACCCUAUUAAAAUGAUUGUAAAUGCGUUGGGCGUGCCGCCACUGUUUAUGAUGCAGCGUGCUAAACAAGCGGGCGUCGCCGUUGGUGCGCUGACGGGUGCUAAAGAACAUGCCAUUAAACACUGCGAAUCCGGCGUUGAUGUAUUAAUCGUUUCUGGCACCGAAGCGGGUGGCCACUGCGGCGAAGUCUCUACGCUGGUACUGGUUCCUGAAGUGCUGGACGCUAUUGGCGAUAAGUUUCCCGAUGUUGCUGUGCUGGCAGCAGGCGGCAUCGUGACGGGUAAACAAAUGGCCGCCUGCAUGGCCAUGGGCGCUCACGGCGCCUGGUGUGGUUCGGUGUGGCUGACAACAUCUGAGGCCGAAACCAAUCCUGCUGUUAAAGAAAAGAUGUUGUCUGCAAACUCAAGACAGACCGUACGCUCAAAAAGUAGAACGGGUAAAUACACCCGUCAACUGCGUUCACAGUGGACCGAUGCCUGGCAAUCUGAGGAUGCACCCCCGCCGCUACCUAUGCCCUUGCAGUCACUGGUCAGCGAGCCGGCUUUGCGCAAGAUAGACAAAUUGGCUGAAUCUGGCGAUGCAGGUGCACGCAACCUUGCUACUUACUGGGUGGGGCAAGGCGUAGGCUUGAUGAAUACGUCUGUCAGUGCACGUACUGUCGUCUACGACUUCAUGGAAGAUUAUGCUGCUGCGGUAGAGCGACUUGGCAAUACCGGUCAGGACAAACCGCUUUUACCCUGGCACGGCGUUCCUAUGGUGCAGAGAAUUCUGACCACUGUACCUGCUGAGAUGCCAAAACUGAUCAGCGCAAACCGCAAUCUGGAUACCUAUCGCCAAUGGGCACCGGUGGUCACCGACCUGCCUGUGACAGCUGAAGCAGAGGAUUACCAAGGCCCGCUGGUCGGAGACACGCCGGCGCUACCGAUGAACUGGUGCGAUGUGCUGAUGCAAAGCGUGGAUGGCCAUGUUGAUGGUGCGGUAGUCCACGAUGGAGAGCGUCAGCAGCACUUACACCUGCUACUCAAAUGCGACGUGGAGAAAGAUCUGGAGAGGUUUUUGGCAGCCGGUGGCUACCAGGUGUACAAGUGGUUGCAGACGAUGCAGCUGUCGACGGCCAGAUUCGCAGACCGCAUGGCGUUCCGCAACAUGAACUCACCCACGGAUCUGGAUUACCCGGCUGCCUGA